CCCCGGGGUUGGGGGGGGGGGGGGGGGGGGGGGGGGCAGGGUGGCACAUCCUGAGUGGGCCAGGGAUACUUUUGCCUCCUUGAGGUCCUUUUCUCCGUAAGAAAAAAAAAUUAAGUUCUAUUUCAUGAUGUGUUGGUUUAAAGCUGAGUGUAUUAUAUCUUAGAGCAUUUUCUUCCAUCGAAAAGUUUGAGUGUCUUGUGGCACUUGGCUCGCUCAGUUGGCAAAGCAUGCAACUCUAGAUCUCGGGGUCGCGAGUUCGAGCCCCACAGCAGGUGUAGAGAUUACUUACAAAUAAAAUAUUAAAAAAAAGAAAGAAGGCAGUUACCCUGUGACUCAGCAAUUCCACCCCAGGUGUGUAUCCGAGAACGGAAAACAGGUCCACACAAAACUUGGGCAUGAGCGCGCUUGACAGCCUUACUUACAGAAGCCAAACAGCGGGAAUGGGUGUCAGCGGAGGAGCCGGUGAAUAAAAUGCCUGGUUUCCAUCCGGCGGGAUGAAAGUUCCGCAGCCCUGAGAAGAACGAACUCCCGCCUCGUGCUAUUGCGUGGAUGAACCUGGACAACAGGAUGCUAGGUGACAGAGACCAGACGCAAGAUGCCACGUGUGUGAUUCCGUUGCUGUGAAAUGUCCGGCACAGGCAAGUCUGUAGAGGCAGAGAGCAGGUGCGAGGUUGCCAGGGGAGCCGGGAAUGGGGAGUGACUUUCAAUGGGUACAGACUGUCCUCUUGGGGUGUUGCAAAUGUGCUGACCUUGGUGAUGCUUGCACAACCUUGUGAAAACCCACUGAGCUGUACGCUUUAAAAGGAUGAAGUUUAUACCGUGUGAAUUAUAUCUUCUUUUGAAUUAUGUCUUAAUUGAAAAAAAAUAGAGCCAAAGGGAGUAAAGUAAGUGGAGGCUUGUCAGCUGUCAGAGGUCCUUCGUCUGACUCCAGAUUCUUCCUUCAGACAAGAAUGUGGCCUUGUGGAGGGAGGGCAGGGCGCAGAGAUGGCAGCAGGACCAGGGGGGCUGUGGUGGGGCUGGAGCUGGACAGGUCGGGACCUCUGCUCUGUUCCCCACUCCCUGGGUGGGGAUGGAAGGCCAGAGGGAGGCUCCUGGCACCUGGGGUGUGGGAAUCUCAGGCAUGUGGCCCUGAGCCCAUGUUUCCAGAGACUGGGUCCUCUCCAGGGCUGGGAGGCUGGGUGGGACCCCUGUUCAGACUUGGGAGUCUCUGGCCUCCUGGCUGGCAUCUGGGGGUCCGGUGGCAUCCGCCUCCCUCCCGGCAGUGGGGCCUGGCACUGGCCUGCCCCACCCUGCAGCCCUGCCUAGCUCCCUCCUCAUGGUAGGCUGGGCCAGUGGGAGGGGUGGGGUGCAUUUACAUUUUCAGGUCUUUCCAGCCCUCGGCCAGCCUGGAAGCCUGACUAACCAGCUCCUCCAGGGUCAAGGUGUUGGGGGAGGGCGUGCAGCAGGAGGUGGCCAGAUCGCCCUGGGCUGUGGAUGUGGAAGAAGCCCCAGCUUGGGCAGCCAUCAUGGGGCUCUCCCAGAGGCAGCCUGGCCCAUUGCUGUCUCUCCUCCUCAUGGGGGCGCUGGUCUGGCCCCCGCCCUGUAUGAGCCUGGGUGAGUGGGGGUCCUGGGAUGAAUUCACAGACCCUGGGAGCCCACUCCUCCAACUGGGAAAGGCAGGCCCAGGGAAGGCAGGCCCCAGGACCCUCAUGCUUAUCUCUGUGACUACAGAGCUGAUCCCCUACACGCCGCAGAUCACAGCCUGGGACCUGGAAGGGAAGGUCACAGCCACCACGUUCUCCCUGGAGCAGCCACGCUGUGUCCUGGAUGGGCAUGCCCCUGUUGCCAACACCAUCUGGCUGGUGGUGGCCUUCAGCAACGCCUCCAGGGACUUCCGGAACCCACAGACGCUGGCUGAGAUCCCAGCCUUCCCACGGCUGCUGACCGAUGGCCACUAUAUGACGCUGCCCCUGUCCCUGGACCAGCUGCCCUGUGAGGACCCCGUGGGGGGCGGCAGGGGCAUCCCCCUGCUUCGGGUGGGCAAUGACCCUGGCUGCCUUGCUGACCUCCGUGAGCCACCCUUCUGCAACACCCCCCUCCCCAGCCCUGGACCUUACAGGGUGAAGUUCCUCCUGAUGGACGCCAGCGGCUCACCCCAGGCCGAGACCAGGUGGUCCGACCCCAUUACUCUCCACCAAGGGAAGGCCCCAGGCUCUAUCGACACGUGGCCAGGGCGGCGAAGCGGUGACAUGAUUGUCAUCGCCUCCAUCCUCUCCUCUCUGGCCGGCCUCCUGCUCCUGGCCUUCCUGGCUGCGUCCACCGUGCGCUUCUCCAGCCUGUGGUGGCCAGAGGAAGUCCCGGAGCAGCUGCGGAUUGGCUCCUUCAAGGGGAAGCGCUACUUGACCCACCACAUCCCACCCACUGAGGCCGCCACCCUGCCCGUGGGCUAUGAGCCUGGCCUGGACCCCCUCCCCAGCCUCAGCCCCUAGCCUGGUGGAAGGGGCUGGGGCGGGGCCCUGGGAAGUUGGGGGCCACGUACGCAGUGCGCAUUCCCAGCUCCUGCGCCCACAUGCCCCUCCCCCAUUGCGCCGCCCCACCCGCCCGAUGUCCCACCACCUGCAGCCCUGCCUUUGCCUUUCCCAUUCUGCCCUCUCCAGGCAACUGAAGUUGCAUCAAGUCUGGGGGGAGGGUCAUGGUCAGGCCAGCAUGCAGCCCCCACUUCCACCCCUACCUCUGUGAGAGGUAACGUGGAGAGGCCACACUGACCAGAAGCUUCCAGGCUCCAGGAGGGGCCCAGUGGGGGGCCUUGCUCUGCCCUGUGCAGGGGACUGGGCCAGGCCCAUCACUGGGUGCAUGAAGUCCGAGCCUCCCUCUGUCUCUCUGUCCCACCUUCCAGUGGCUGGGGCUGCAGUGAAGCCUUCAGAGGCACCUCCAUUGUCCCCCAGGCAGGGGCACUUUCUGAGGGUGGCCAGAAGUUCAGAGCGUAGAGGCACAUUGUGGCCGUCUGACCACUGAUUCCACCACUUCCAACCCUAUUGCACACACAGAUGGCUUACUCAUUCUCGCUCCACCAACAUUUAUUAAGCACCUGCUGUAUGCCACUGCCAGUGUUAGACAUGGAGCCUCAGGAGGAACCAGUCCUGAACUUGGGGAGCUCACUCACCACUCUGGACCUGAGAUGACCACGUGUCCAGAUGUGACCUGUUACUGUUAGGGCUGUCAGAUUGUCACAUACCCUCGGGUUCAAGCUCCUUAGAUGUUCACCCCAAUGGGCUCUCUGAGGCCCCGGAGCCCCCCACCAUCAGGCAGUACACACUUUAGACUUCCCCCUAGCGUCCGACUUCUCGCAGGGCCGGUGGGUCCAGCUUUGGCCACACGGUGGCGCCGGUGCGCCGCAGCCGUCCGGCCCCGCGCACGCGCACUCGUAUUCACAGACCCGCCUGAGGCAAUUGACUGGCAGGUUCCAGCGGUGACCUGAUGCUGAGGAGCCGUCGCCACUUUCUGGAGGUCAGGACUCCAGACUUCAUCUGGGUCAAGCCAAAGGGAUGAGCAGUCACGCACUCGCUUGAGGGCCGUCCAGUCUACACAACCGCCACCAUUUUCUAGAUGGAGAAACUGAGGCUGGGCGACUUGUCCUCCACGCUCUGCCCACUGCCUUCCCCCCCCCCCCCCCCCCCCCCCCUUGGUCCCCGGCCACCCCCCUUCUUAUUCGGUGGGACCGCGGCUCCCAGCAUGCAGGCCCCCCGCCCCUGCACGGCGCCCGGCCGUGACCCAUGUGUACCCGCCCUCCUCAGAGGUGAAUAAACGCGGUCUCCGUCCCCCUAGCGGCGCCCGCGCUGGUGUGGGGAAAGGGGCAUCUGCGCCCGGGGCCCAGCCCCGCUUCACCCCUUCCACCCCGGGGUCUGCCCCGAGCCUGUCCUUUUGACGCACAGCCCUAACUGCAUUUUCGAGGUGCCCCAUCUCCUAAUAGACCCCAGGGAAACCCAUCCUUGCAUUUCAGGGCCAAGAGGCCACCGCUAAUGCAGCUUCCGCGGAUUUAGCAGUACUGUCUCCCAGGCAAACACUUCAGGGAGGUUUUGCUUUCAAAACCCAUGAAGCCCUGGUCCCUAGUGGUUUAUCCUCCAUCCUACUUGCAGCCCCUUCGGCCGCAAUACCUCCAGGUGCAGGCAGAAGCCGAUUCAAAUGCAGUCAGGAUCUCAGGCUCCGGUGUCCUGGGUGACAUCUGGCCAUGGGAGCCAGCCGCUUUGGGCAGCCGCUUUUGAAAUGCUGCUGCUGUGGAACCUAGGUCCCUCUUGGCCUCUAAGCGUUCCAAGUGCCUCCCACCCUCACCAGCUGUGUCCAACAGCACCUGUCUCGCGCUGUCCUGUCCAGGCCUGGCUCCAGCACCAGAUGGAGAGGCCCUCUGGGCCCAGACACCCAGCUCGGGUAUGGCGAGGAGGAAAAGGAUUCCACUGGUGUUGGCUGAGUGAAAACAUGAACGAACCAGCUCAGGGCCGGAAGAUCAGGCAGCAGCAGGAAUUGCCCCGAGCUCCUGUGUGUCCCAGGGCCCUCUUGUGGCUUAUUCUUAGUGCCGGAACCUGUGCUGAUCCCAGGCACAGCCCCAGCGAUGUCCCCUGUGUGUGCAGGGCACCCCGGAGCCCUGUGAGGAGCUGUGCUUGCCCCAUCCGACCAUGUGGGGCUUGACUGUGAAGACGGGCCCAAAACAGACCCUACAGCACAGGCUAUAUUUGAGGGAAGGCCUCCAAAUCCAAAUCCGUUGGCGUGUAAGGUAAUGGCUCAGUGGCAAAAAAUAAGUUCAUUGUUAAAAAGAAAAAAACAGCAGCAGUUGUGGGGGUGAUGACUCUCAGAUGACUCAUCAGACCAGAAAUCGAAAGGAUCAGGAUGACAGCAGGUGGAAACCAAGCGGGGCGGGGUGGGGGGGCACUGAGCACU